AUGAAGCGUACCUACGAAAAUGCGCUGAAAAUUCUGGGAUCACGAAGAAGAAAAGCCCGACCAAAACUCCUGGCGAAGCACCCUUCGGCUCUUGACUCUGCAACUCCUAGCGGCGAGAUCACCGUGAAGGGCGUGCCUAGUUUGGUUGGAAUGAAGGAAUGGCUGCACGCGCUAGGACACUCAGAAAACGAUGUCAAUAAUCUGAACAUUAUACACGUGGCCGGGACGAAAGGCAAAGGGAGCACCUGCGCCUUUACUCGCUCCUUCCUUCACGCGCAUGGGUUGAGAACGGGAUUCCCAAAACAGAUCGGGCUAUAUACUUCCCCCGACCUGCAAUGUAUUCGGGAGAGAAUCCAGAUUGGUGGUCGACCCAUCACGGAAGAUCUCUUCACACGUUAUUUCUUUGAAGUAUGGGAACGUCUUUCGCCGCCCGACUUACAUCAACUCACGGGGUUUGAAAGACAACCCCGGUACCUGCAGCUUCUUCUUCUGCUGGCUUUCCAUACAUUCAUCAAGGAGAAAGUGGAUGCAGCCAUCUUUGAGACUCACCACGGCGGAGAGUAUGAUGCUACAAACGUGAUUUCGAAGCCAGUCGUGACGGGAAUCACGUCCCUUGGUAUGGACCACGUUGACCAACUGGGUCCUACGUUCGACGAUGUUGCUUGGCACAAGGCCGGUAUAUUCAAGGCCGGGGCACCUGCAUUUUCUGCCAUUCAGGAGGCUGGCCCUACUGAAGUUCUACGGCGGCGUGCCAUCGAGAAGAAGACCGAGGUGACCUUUGUCUCGCCUUCCAGUGCCCUUCCGGAAAAUAGUAGGGCGAUUGGUGUCCCAGUACAGCGGUUGAACUGCUCUUUGGCCCUCCAGAUGACAGAAAAGUUCUUGCAGCUCAAAAGCCCUGAGAGUUCAGGCCCUUUCAUGUCAUCUGAGGACAUAGCUGCUGGCGUUGAAAAUUUCUCCUGGAUUGGGAGAUUCGAGGUUAUUGAAAGGGGGAGUUCACAGUGGUUUCUGGAUGGAGCGCACAACCCGCUGAGUCUCGAGCAAGUAGCGGAGUGGUUUGCACAAAACGUGAGGGCCACUGAUACGCCGAGGUAA